UAUUUUUCUGAUUUUUUUUUAUUUAUAUCACAUUUUAUUGCACGCGGUUUAUGGGAUAAUUGUUGUUUUUUAAACAAUGAAUAUUAUUCAGAUUCCGUUGUUGACUGUAGUAGUGGUCCUCAGUAGUGACUAGGAGUUCUCCACCAGCACUAGUCGAUGGCAGAAGAACCGAAAAGACCUUAAAACAUUUCUCAGCCGGCUAAGGCGCUGUUCACAUCGUUCUCGAGCGCCAGCCCCGGAAAAUGUCGCGACUGACCGGCUGAUUUUGGCGUUAUCUGCAAUUUGUCCGUUUUGUGGUUGUGUUUUUUACGGAAACAAUGAGGAAUCCCACGUGCGCAGCAGCCCUAGAUCCCCCCACAAAAUUUCGACACCACCUAACUCAUGGGGGUGUCUAUCAAAACGUUUCUCGAGGAAAUUUCAGACCCAUGACGAUGGACUAUACGUUACCAAAUUGCUUGGGUCGCAGAUCGACAUCUACCACAUCCAUCAUACAUCCGCAUCACAGCCUCUGGCAAGAGGGGCAUCAUCUCAGGACGCCUAUGUCCUGCAUAGGUAUAGAUCGAAAAGCACCGUCGUCGAGAAGCAGAGUUUGUUCUAUAGUCCUCGCCAUAGCAUCGUUUAUAGUUUUAGUUAUAGUUUUAGCUAUAGCAGGCCUAGCCUUGUACAUGGGAAUAUCGAACACAGACCCACCCACGAACGCAAUUAUAUCGUUUGGGUGUAGCGCAAAGGUCACCAAAGGUGACAGGUUUAUUGGAAAUUUAGAAGAGAAAGCUCAAAGGUACAAAAGGCAAAUCGAAGUUUUAUAUCAGCGAAGCGCUCUUGGACCAGCUUUGCUCUCCUGCAGCGUGGAUAGGUUUGGAAAAGAUGGUCACACGAUUUUUUUUCGAUUAACUUUUAACAGGAGGAAACUAGUCGAGAACUUGACAAAUAUCGAAAAAGCUAUCAAGGAUAUUCUCCUCAGCGAUACGACCUCAAAAAAACCGGUUUUUCGAAACAUACGAUUUGAUUCGAAAAGUAUCCUGGUAAAGCAGAUCCAAGAGGGAGCUGGCGUUUAUAGUGCUCCUUCCACGGUCACCUCAACCCCCACUAUUAAAAGUAACUUAAAGUCAAAUAGUAUGGGGGUGGUUUUAAAAACUAAAUCUUCCACAACUCUUGCACCGACAACAACAACAUCUAAGUCAGCCACAAAAGAUGAACCAGAAUUUAACGAAGAAGAUUUGCCGGUGAUACAAGGCUCGUUCAAAAUUACCAAAACUGACGCGGAUAUAACUGAGAAAAAGACUGAAGCUUCUGCAGUUAAAACAAAGCCCGAAAAAGUCACAAGUGCCUCGGUACGAAAAACUACUUUCAAGGAGUCAUCAGUUACAAGUGCCUUAUACAAAAUUGCCGGGGAUAAAUCAAAAACCACUACUGCAGCUAGCACUUCUAGUAGUUCCUUGGAUCCUCCUGUUAUUACUACGAAAAGUGCUACGAGUACGACAGAAUCGGUAAAAGACUUCAAAGGAAGUCCUCAGUUAUAUAACGAUGCUCCGUGGAUUCCGAUUUUGCCAAACGUUCCGGCCCAUUCUCCAAGUCCGUUGAAUCAAAUGGAUUACAGUUUUCCAGUGUCUCAGCCUUCAUAUACAAGCUUCACCAAUCCCGGCCUAUCUUUCCAUUUUCAAGAAACAGAAAAACUGGGCACCACUAGCAUGAAGAUACAUCCCAUUCCGGUUAAUAAGAUACCUUUUACCAAGCCUUUCUCUGAAUUUUCUAGUACCGAGCCUACAAAGAAGCAAGUACCGAAUGAAAUUACAACUAGAGAAUCGGAAUACGUUAGAGUAGACACUAUUAAAUACCAACCGUCUGAGAAUAAUAGCGAGGAAUACGCUGUGAAGAACAUAUCUUCGAUUUUUUACGACUUGGCUUCUACGUUAGAUAAAACAAACAGAACAGCGGUUGAAAAUGAUAGUUUCGAGCCCGUGCUAGACGAUAUUGCUGGUGAAGGACAUGUUGAAGUUGUAGAGGUGGAGAUGGAUGAACUCUUAAGUCAAACGACGAAAAUUCCGUUGGUUACUCUACUCCCAGUGCGUUCUAAUUCGGGAAUAGGAAGGCCCUUCAACAGAAAGCGCGUUGGGGAUACAAAUACUAUCUCUGUAGAGAAUCGAAGUUUCCCAAGCCAGGCGACCAGACAAAAUUUGGAAACCUAUGAAAAGUCUACUAUCAAAUCGAAAACUGUACCACCCCCCGUCAAUAUUAGUACUGUGAAUAACUACCAAAUAAUGGGGAUUUUGAACUUUGCCACCGAAGGAUACAACACCGAAAAUAACCAGAAAGAUAUUGUCAGGUUUCCUAAAAUGGAGCAAAAUCAAAACAGGAACAGUUCGCAACAUUCGCUUCCUGCAUAUACAGGAACAAACAUUCUAUCCCCAGAACAAAUAAGACAGCUGUCCAAAAUUAGCAAGAUAAAUAAUAACGAGACCUUCAUUUCAGACAAAGCCGUAUCUUCAAGUUACACAAAUGGCUUAAAGCUUCUUACAAAAACUUUUAAUAAAGCCCAAAAUUUUCCAGUUAAAAACGACAACACUUUAUACAAAAACAAAUCAACUUCAGAUUGCGACAAACUUAGUUUUAAGUGUGGAGAUGGAAAAUGUCUUCCCGAAUCUGCCAAAUGCAAUCAAUUGAUCGACUGUGCUGACGAGAGUGACGAGAAAAACUGUAAUUGUGCUGAUUACCUGAAGUCACAGCGUUUGAUGAAUGAAAUUUGCGAUGGAAUUGUCGAUUGUUGGGAUUUUUCAGAUGAAAAUCAGUGUGAGUGGUGCUCUCCAGAAAAAUAUGUCUGCAGUAACUCAAAAGUCUGCAUAAGCGAAAGAAAAAUUUGUGAUGGUAUCAAAGACUGUCCACAAGGGGAUGACGAAAAGCAGUGUGUAACUAUUGCCAACGACACUACAUUAGCCAAUGAAUUUCCUUAUUAUUCUCAAGGAUACCUUAUGGUACGAAAACAAGGUAACUGGGGAAAACUUUGCGUAGAUAACUUUAGAAACAUUGUCUCUAACUCGACCAUCACUUGGAGGAUUACAGAUUUAGGAAAAGCCAUCUGCAAAUCUAUGACCUACCAAAAGAUGGACUCGAUAGAAAAUAUAGUACAGGCACCUGAAACAAAAGACGAAAAAUAUUUUGAAUUAACCUAUUCCAUGGAGGAUGAGAAAAAAUCAAAUUUAUCUUUCAGAGAAACUCAUUGCCCUUCUGGAAACGUAGUUAGGGUUACCUGCCAAGCUUUGGAGUGCGGCGUUAGGCCCCAAGCUGUCAAACACGUUGCCAGAGUUGUCGGUGGCGGAAAUGCGGAAUCAGGCGCCUGGCCUUGGCAGGUGGCUUUGUACAAAGAAGGAGAGUUUCAGUGUGGAGCAACCCUUUUAUCUGAAAAGUGGCUUGUUUCAGCUGGACAUUGUUUCUAUCGUUCGCCCAAAGAUCAUUGGGUAGCGCGCUUGGGAGCCUUAAGACGCGGCACUACACUGCCAUCACCUUAUGAACAACUCAGAACCAUCGCUCGCAUCAUAGUUCACCCUAGUUACAUGGAUUUUGGCUUCAUCAACGACAUAUCUCUGCUGGAAAUGAGCAGUACAGUCAGUUUCAGCGAUUACGUAAGACCAGUAUGUCUACCUUCCGUCGAUCAAGUCUUGGAAGAUGGAAGAUUGUGUACUGUCAUCGGAUGGGGACAGCUUUUUGAAGUUGGAAGAAUAUUUCCUGACACACUUCAAGAAGUACAAGUUCCGAUAAUAUCAACAGCGGAGUGCAGAAAAAGAACACUGUUUCUUCCUCUGUAUAAGAUUACUGACGACAUGUUUUGCGCUGGUUAUGAUAGGGGCGGCAGAGAUGCUUGUCUAGGGGAUAGUGGGGGUCCUCUAAUGUGUUCACAACCAAAUGGACGAUGGACUUUACAUGGUAUAACCAGCAAUGGAUACGGCUGUGCCAGGGCUAACAGACCAGGUGUAUACACCAAAGUGACAAACUACUUGGACUGGAUAAACUCUUACGUUUAUGGAGAUGGAUCUCGAGUAAAAAAUAUUACUAAAAUAGCAACCACUUGUACAGGACAUAGGUGUCCUUUAGGCGAAUGUCUUCCGGAGAGUAGAUUGUGCAAUGGUUUUAUCGAAUGCAGUGAUGCAAGUGACGAGAAAAACUGUAAAAAGAUUUAAGUUUAUUUUUAAGCUUAAGAGAAGGAUUUAUUUUAAGACAGACGGUCAAACACCACAGAGUUGUUGAAAUGAUCAAACGUAGACUGAAAUUUCUCAUUUAAAAUUAUGAUGAGAAAAAUGAUAAAUUAGUUUUUUUGUUAACACGAACCAAAUUAACAAAAUAUGUUUUUAAUAGGCUAAUUCCAUGUAAGAUUUUAGGAUAAAUUUUUAGAUUUGAUUUAUAAACCCUCAGUGUAUUUUGUGUCAUUUAUUUUCAUUUAUUUAAUUUAAUAUUUAAGAUAUUAAUACACAUACCAUUCUUAUGCAUGGAAUUGGUCUAUAUGAUAUUUUUGUGUGAUACAAAAGGUCUUUUCUGUAUAUAUUUCGUUUAUAUUUUGAAAUGUCAAUUAUUAUAUUGUAAUUUAAGGCCAACAAAUAAAAAUAAUUGACCACAGAAGACACCAUUAAAAUAAAGACGAUUUUAUUUUAUUCAUAUCACAGAUUCAGACAAUA